AACAGGCGCUCGCCCGACGCCAGUCCGCAGUCACGGCGCGCAUCGGCACAACGUGCGCUGUCAAAUUUGCCGCCUUUUUCGGUGUUUUAAAAACUUUGACGUGAAGUGAAUAAAACUUGUAGAAUUAAAAACUUUCAAUGAACAGUUUUAUAUUUAUAUAACUUAGUUGCAGGUAGUCGAGAAUGAGAUAAGAAGAGAGCCUUACAAGUUGAAAAGUCUAAUUAUAGGAGAAAAAUGUCUAGCACCAUUGAAAAUGGAGUUGGGGAAGAAGGACGGGGCACAACAUACUACUUCUCAAAGGGGUCCAGCGCCACAUUUGUACAAAGACUCAGUUUAUUCUUCUCCAUUUACUGGAAAUCUAUUUUAGUCGUCAUCACCCCAAUUUUGCUACUGCCUAUACCCAUUUUAUACACAGAUCCCACCGACAAAGAUUAUGCAAAUGCUUUCAAAUGUAUGUACGUGGUCCUCAUCAUGGCUACAUACUGGGUGCUGGAGCUUCUACCCUUACCGGUCACGUCGAUGCUGCCCAUCGUUCUGUUCCCGACGCUGGGCAUCCUGAAUUCGGACAAAGUGUGCGCAGCUUACAUGAAGGAGACAAACAUGAUGUUCAUGGGUGGUCUCAUGAUUGCCGCCGGAGUCCAACACUCGAAGUUGCCGAAGAGAGUCGCGCUGUGGACUGUACAAGUCGUCGGCUGCUCGCAUAGACGACUCAACUUGGGCCUAACAUUUGUCACUAUGUUCAUUUCGAUGUGGGUGUCUAAUGCUGCAGCUACAACGAUGAUGGUUCCUAUCGUCGAAGCUAUUCUAGAAGUUUUUGAACAGCAAGGACUAGGAGACGUCUAUGUCAACAGGAAGAAAGCUCUGCCAGAAAACGGCAAAGAAGAAAAACCAACUAACAAAAAACAAACAGAGGAAGAGCCACUAUUGCCCAGUGACAUCACCAUCUGCUAUUUCCUGAGUAUCGCGUACGCAUCGACGUUGGGAGGCUGCGGGACGCUGGUGGGAACGGCCACCAACUCCGCCUUCAAGGGAAUUUAUGACUCCGAGUUUCCGGAGGUGUCGGGGUCGGUGGACUUCUUCUGGUUCAUGGUGUACUCAACGCCACCCAUGCUAGUGAUGCAGUUCCUUGUGUGGGUCGCGCUGCAGGUCACCUUUAUGGGUCUCUUCAGGCCGAACAGUGAAGCGGCAAAACGCGUGAACCGCGCCUCCUCCGGCUCCGAGAACACCAUGAAAGUUAUAAAGGAACAGUACAAGAAGCUUGGACCAGCUUCGUUCCACGAGAAGGCUUCUGGCAUGCUGUUUCUGCUGGCUGUAGCUCUAUACAUCUUCAGAAAACCCGGCUUCAUGCUGGGUUGGGCUGACGUCCUCACCACUAUGAAAGUGAAAGACGGCGUAGUCUCCAUGUUUAUCGUGAUACUGAUGUUCAUUUUGCCAAUGUCCGUUGACUUCAUCAAGUUCUUCACUUCAGCUGCCUCUUAUGAGGAACUGGCGUCUACCAAGCCCUCAGCAGGUAUCGUCACGUGGAACAUCUUGAAAGAGAAGAUUCCCUGGGGCCUGCUGUUUUUGCUCGGUGGCGGGUUCGCGUUAGCCGAAGGCAGCAAAGCAACUGGACUGUCCAAGAUGAUCGGCGAAUCCCUGAUGGGUCUGCAGGGUCUACCGCAUCCCGUGGUGCUGCUAGUGGUGGUGUUAGUCACGCAGUUCAUCACGGAGUUCACCUCCAACGUCGCCAUAGCCAACCUCAUCCUGCCGGUGCUGGCUAACAUGGCGCUGGCGCUGCACAUGGACCCGCGAUACCUGAUGGUGCCAGCCACACUGGCGUGCUCCAUGGCCUUCCACAUGCCCGUCGGUACGCCGCCCAACGCCAUUGUUGCGGGUGUCGCCCAUAUUCCGACGUCGAAAAUGGCCAUUGGUGGCAUCGGACCGAAAAUCAUCACGUCUUUGAUAGUGUGGGGCGCCUACCCAACCUGGGGCUCGCUCAUCUUCAGCGAGAAGGACGUCGCCGCACUCGAUCUUCGCAGGCCCAAAGGCCAGAUUCUCUCGCUCAACUGCGGCCAUGUCAACGUCACAGAAAACCCUGGACCCUUCAAAUGCUUGAACGUCACCGAUUCGAUGCAAAAGAGUAUGUUUACCUGUAAUUUAUUACAGCUCAACACCAACCAAACGCAAACAGUGCCAAAGUAAUUCCUCUCUUAGUUUGUUGGGAGUUGUCGCUAGAUGGCAUUAGUCGUUCUGAAAUAUUAUUUUUGUCGCUGCUAAUCACAUCUUAUUAGUAACAAUUCGGUGGUAGGUUAUUAAAUGUUCAAGCUUUACGUGUAAGAGCUACCAAAGUUGUUUUUAACCGAAAAUUGAAUUCUGAUCGUCUUUAUUAGAUAUCUACAACAUUACAUUCUGUCUAUAAAAGUGUUUUAUUACAAGAAAUACUCUAAAUAUUUUAAAGGGAUCCACUUUGGUAAUGUUAUUGUAGUAAUUUUAUUUGAUGUGCUAUUAAAAAAGUUACUAUACAAUCGCGGUGCUUUGAAGUAGCUGUAGGAAUAUUGAAAAUAUAUUUUUGUAUGUUACUUAUUGUAUUGAAUACUGUAUAGUAUAGUUCUAAUUAUAUUAUAAUAUACUAUGUUGUAUAGAGUGAAAGUGUGACAAUACAUAGACACUCGUGGGUUUGAAUCUCACCUAAGGGUUUUAUAUGUAAGCAUAAUUCUAGUUCUCAGUAAGUUUAUAAAAUUUUCACGAUUUUGUAUCUGUAUCAGAAAAUGAUCGUUUUAUAAGUGUUAUUAUAAUAACAAGCCAAAGACACUUAAACAGAAUACAAAAAUAUACGGCACCGUAUUGUAGGGCUUGUAAAGAAACUUGCAUUAUACCGUAUACGGCCUAUUAAUAAUGCAGCGCCACUUUGGUCAUGUCUUGACCUAAGAGUUUUAAUUUGGGGUAUGAUCUUACCCCAAAUUAAAAUUCUUGCAUAGAACUGUUAUUACAUUGUGUGUGUGUGUGUUAAUAUUUAUUUAUUUAUUUAUAUCCUGUAGCUGGAGCUGUGCGCUAAUAUUGCUAGCAUCAAUAUAGUUAUUGAAGCAUUAUAAUAAGUCUUUAAAAUACACUAAUCAAAAUUGAUGACGGUAUCGGCAAUAGUCUUUUUUUAUGAAAUGAUUUCCGGGGCGAAUUGUCGUCGUUACCAAGAUAUGCUAAAGUAUGAAUUUCAAAGCAAUAGAUACUUACUAAGCUACCCAGUGUUACCAUAAAACUUCUGCUCAAUCGUACAAAAUAUAGACCACGGAGCUAAUACUAAGUACUUAGUAUUAGCUCAGUGAUAUAGACAAUGUUAUUUAAUUUAUUACUAUAUACGUAGAUCAAUAAUUAUUACUGCUCUUGAUAACAUAGUCAGUACAAAUUAUUGUUUUUUUUUAAACCAAAGCCUCUUUUAAAAUUUUCAAGAUAGUUGCGCAUUUGUAAAAGUCUUGCUUCAUUGCAUUUUAGCAUUUGUAUGUUAUAUGGCCGACUUCGCCAUUUGUUCAGAAGGAACAAAUACAGAUGGCGCCGUAGUGAAAACUUGCGAGUUGCGGCCAUAUACUUAGCAUUUUAAAGGCAUUUGAAGGCUUCCAUUUAAAACGAAAUCUUAUAAUAUUUUCUUCUGCAUUUUUACUUUUGUAGCAUUUUAACUAAAUUUAAAUAUAAUAUGUGUAGCGUACUUGAGGUAUUUUUCAUAAGUACUUAUUCAAUAACGUCUUUUUUAGUGUAAGUAUGUCUAUUAUGUCGUAGGAUUAUUUGAUAAAUCGAAUUAUUGCGAAAAUUCUAGGGAUUUCGCGAAA